CGAUUACUUUCUUACAGAAAGUAAACGUCUAUUAGAUGAAAGUCCUCCAAAUAAUCCAGCAGCUCAGCAUCGUUUGACUUGGGCAAAUGAAUUGUUUCAACGCUAUAGUAAAAUGGAAAAAGUGCCAAUGAAAGCUGAACUUGAUGAAAUCAAUCAACUUCUAGAACAAGUUGAAGAGGAAUUAAGAUCAUCCUCCGAUGAAGACGAUUAA